AUCCAAACAUAAUUGCUAUGGGUUUUCCUGCGGAGAGGCUUGAAGGAGUGUACCGGAACAACAUUGACGAUGUAGUAAGGUUUUUGGAUUCAAAGCAUAAAAACCAUUACAAGAUAUACAAUCUAUGUGCUGAAAGGCAUUACGACACCGCCAAAUUUAACUGCAGAGUUGCACAGUACCCUUUUGAAGACCAUAACCCACCACAGUUAGAGCUUAUCAAACCUUUUUGUGAAGAUCUUGACCAAUGGCUAAGUGAAGAUGACAAUCACGUUGCAGCAAUCCACUGUAAAGCUGGAAAGGGACGAACUGGUGUAAUGAUAUGUGCAUAUUUGUUGCAUCGAGGCAAGUUUUUAAAGGCUCAAGAAGCCCUAGAUUUCUAUGGGGAAGUGAGGACCAGAGACAAGAAGGGAGUGACGAUUCCCAGUCAGAGACGCUAUGUAUACUACUAUAGCUACCUGUUAAAGAAUCACCUGGAUUACAGACCAGUGGCACUGCUGUUUCACAAGAUGAUGUUUGAAACAAUUCCAAUGUUCAGCAGCGGAACUUGCAAUCCUCAGUUUGUGGUGUACCAGCUAAAGGUAAAGAUAUUCACCUCCCCUUCAGGACCCUCAAGACGUGAAGACAAGUAUAUGUACUUUGAAUUCCCUCAACCUUUGCCGGUAUGCGGUGAUAUCAAAGUGGAAUUUUUCCACAAACAGAACAAGAUGUUGAAAAAGGACAAAAUGUUUCACUUUUGGGUAAAUACAUUCUUCAUAGGACUGGAUGAAAAUUCAGACAAAGUAGAAAAUGGAAGUCUAGUUGCAGAUCAGGAACUUGAUGGUAUUUUCAGUACAGAGCGCUCAGAUAACGAUAAGGAAUAUUUAAUCCUUACGUUAACAAAAAACGAUCUAGACAAAGCAAAUAAAGACAAAGCCAACAGAUAUUUCUCUCCAAACUUCAAGGUGAAGCUAUUUUUCACAAAAACAGUAGAAGAACCAUCAAACCCCGAGGCUAGCAGUUCAACUUCUGUAACACCAGAUGUUAGUGACAAUGAACCUGAUCAUUAUAGAUACUCUGACACCACUGACUCUGAUCCAGAGAAUGAACCUUUUGAUGAAGAUCAGCAUACGCAGAUUACAAAAGUCUGAAUAUUUUUUUUAUCGGAGAUAAAAAAGAA